AUGUUGUGUGACUACGCGCUCGUCUACGCCAAGAAGAAGAACGACGGCGAAGCGCCGAACUCGGUCUCCUUCACGGCGACGCAGAGCGGCGACGUCAUCGUCCAGCUGCACCCGCACUCCCAGCUCGAGCGCGCUGUCCGCCAUGAGCGGCAGGCGCAGGCCACGGAGCCGCCUACGAGCGCGAGCCCUGCGGCGCCGCCAGCCCCUGCCGCCGCGCCGCCAGCCGCGGAGCCGGCGUCCACCAAGACGUACGCCGCAGCAGCCGCAUCGCACCCGCAGGGUGCCACCGCGGCGGCACUGGUGCUGGUGGCUGCCCUGCGGCGGCCAGCAGAGGCGAUGGUGAAGGAGAGCUCGCCGGCAGCCCGGCAGAAGGCAUUCCAGCUGGCGUAG